UUAAGAAAUGUGUCAGAUUUUAAGUCAGAUCCAGAAACACAUCAUGAAGCUGCACAAUCAUCAGAAUAAACUGUCACCACAUCUCAACCACGCCCCCUUCUCUUUUCCCUUUCUCUGGCUUUGGACAGGGAUGCUUGAGAGAGAUGCAGACUGGAGCUGAGCAAAGAGAGAGAGUGAGAGAAAGAAAUAGAAAGUUGAUUACAGAGAGAUAGAAACAUUAAGAAAUUAGAUUCAAGACACUACACAGGACAUCUCACAAUAUGUGUGGAGCAUUUCAUAAAUUCAUCAUGGGACUACAUGAGUGUAUGAAGGACUAUUUUCUUGGUUUCUGGGACUAUGAGACCCCAAAGAUGAUGGUGGUUAAAAACAGAACUCUUGGAGUCAUAUACAGGGGUGUUCAAUUUCUUGUCAUCACCUAUUUCAUCUGGUAUGUCUUUAUAAGUCAGAAAGCAUACCAAGAAAGUGAAACCCGCCCAGAAAGCUCUGUUUACACUGUCAUGAAAGGCUCAGCAGUUCAUGGAGAUCAAAUCUUGGACACUGUGGAGUAUGCUCGACCCUCAGAGGGUGGUGAUGUCAUUAGCACAAUAUUGAGACGAGAAGUCACGUAUGACCAGAGACAAGGAACUUGCGCUGAGUAUUUUCGUGUUGCCAACGCCAACUGUACGACAGAUUCUGACUGUGUCCAGGGAGAGGUUGACUUUAAUGGCCAUGGCAGGAGGACAGGCAGAUGUGUUCAGUACUACAACCAAACCUUCAAAACCUGUGAGAUCCAAACCUGGUGUCCUAUUGAGGAGCACGCUGUAGUACGAGAACCAGCUCUAGUGGAGGCCAUCAAUUUCACAGUGUUCAUCAGGAACUCUAUCCACUUCCCCAGAUUUAAAGUGCUGAGGGGAAAUAUCAAGGACGCCUCAAACAAGCGCGACAUGCGGAAAUACCUCAGUAAGUGUCAUUAUGAUGAGGAGAAAGAGCCCUACUGUCCAAACUUCCGCUUGGGCUACAUCGCAGAUCAAGCUAGGGAGAAUUUCAGUGAGCUCUGCAGGACUGGAGGAGUGAUUGGGGUUUUCAUCAACUGGAAGUGUGACUUGGACCUGGAUUCUUCACACUGUAAACCCACUUAUUCCUUCCGACGUCUUGAUCUCCGAAAGGAUCAGGCCAGCUCUGGUUACUAUUACAGGUUUGCCAAAUAUUACAGCAAGGAUGGGAUAGAGUCUCGGACACUUAUCAAGGCCUACGGCAUCCGUCUGGACGUCAUAGUUCAUGGACAAGCAGGUAAAUUCAGUCCCAUCCCAACCAUCAUCAGCACAGUGACAGCUUUGACUUCAGUUGGGAUUUGUACCAUUAUCUGUGACUGGAUCAUGCUGACGUUUAUUGACAAGAAUGAAAUCUACAGUGACAGAAAGUUUGAUGAAGUUAUCAAGAAGCCCAAGGUACCCAUCUCCACAGAGCUCAGCUACAUCAACAGCUACGGCUCAAACCAUUCAGACCUGUCAGACGGUGUACCGCUGUGAUGUCAUCACAGUUGCCUCAGUCCUUGCUGGACAAGCGUGUGGACCCUCCUCUCCAUCAGCCGACUGUGGCGACAACAACUCUUCUCAGGGGUCUGCAGCAGCACAGUGAUGGACCGGCUGCUAUGCUGCUGUUAGUGGGAAUAAACUGAGAGAGAACCACAGUGACAGAGAGCAUCUUUCUGAAAGGCAGCCAGGUCUCACAAUGUCUCUGCUGCCUGAGUUGCAGAUAUAGUUCAUGUAUUAUCUCAAAACUUGUUGAUCUGUACAUGGACCUCAACUGUUCAACAACAGAAUAAGUUCAGUUUCUUUUUCACUUGACACAGUUACAGAUGACAUUAAUGCAACUUAGAGAAUUUUUAUUUUCUGAAUACGAAAAGACACUAAACCAUACAAACUACAUUAUGUCAAUUUCUAUCAAUGUAUUGCUGACAUUCAAGACAACAAUAAAUUACCUAUAUAAACCUU